GCUUUCUUUGCGACUUGGUCUCGUUUUAAUGGCUCUCUCCAUCACUUUCUGGGUGGAGGCAAACGCUGAGCGGGGCUCAUAUUCCACUUCGGGCAUUGCAGAGCUGAUAACUGUGGAGAAGAAGCUCCUGGCUCAAAUGGUGGACUAUGGCAGUGUUCUCCGUAAAAAGAUCAGUUUGAUGCGUCGUUACAUUGCUUUGAUGAGAGUGAAAGAAAUGGAGGCGGAAUCAGACAGGGAGCAGUAUCUGGGCAAUCCCCUUCACAGCUAUUCGCUGAUCCACCACAUGCACUUCGACUGGACAAAUUGGCGCAGGCUCCUCGAGCAGCCCUUGGGCACAGAGCAAAUCUCCAAGAUGCGUGCAUUGAUGCCACAAAUUCCAAAAACUGAAUACUGGAAUGCCAAGCAAGACCUCAUCCAUGCACCUCUGGCAGGUGUUCAGUUCGAUCCGCUGGAUUCCUUGGAGCUAGCUCUGUUCGCAUUCGACAAGGAUCGCCCCGAUCUCGCCCAGAAGUGGCUCAGUGCCACACUAAGCGGCUACCAGCAGCUCAGUCCCAGCGAAAAGGAACUCUACGAAGUGCUGAAUGUGGUCAAGGAGAGUCAAGUGACGAAGCUCUCUGAAUUGGUAAAAACACUCAACACCAAUCAAUCAUCGGCUUUGAAUCGCUCCGGGAUGAUGUUACCUUUGCUCUUGGUGGGUGCCCUGUGGCAGGUCCUUUUCCCUGUCUGUGGGGCCGAGUUCUACUCCUCCGUGCACGAGAUGACCAAGGUUUUUGGCUACGAGCAGAAAAUGCUGCAGCACAUGCAAAAGUUUGUAGCUGAUAAUCAGAGCAAAUUGGAUUUCCUGAGGGCGCGGCUGGGGGAGUUCGAGCAGGAGCGCAACGAGGCGCGGCACUGGGGCACGGCAUACUUCGAGAGUCCUCUGAACCAAUAUUUGCUCAGCAAGCGACUGACGGUGGACUGGCGGCGGGUGGAGAACCUCAUGGACGCCGACACGGGCCAGAAGCCACUGGAGCGGCUGCUGAAGCUGCGACGGAAUCCGUCCAUGCCCAAUGCCAGCGAACUGGAGGGCGCCAUCGAUGGCCUGCUCCGACUGCAGUUCGUCUACCGACUGGAGGCCAAGCACCUGGCCAAAGGCAUCCUGGAUGGAGUAAACCAUGGUACACACCUAAGCCCCGAGCACUGCCUGGACAUUGCCCGCUUGGCAUUGAGGGAUCAGCAUCCGCGACUGGCGCACGCUUGGCUACUGGAGGCGCAAGAGCGCCUGCCUCAGCAUCCCGAACUCCACCCCCAGAUUCUGGCUCUGCUCGUACAGGCCAAGGCGGAACUGGGUGACUUCUUGGGAGUAAAUGGCACAUACCAGGAGCUUUUGAAACUACAACCAGCCAGCGAGGAGCAUGCCAGAAACUACGAGCAGUUCAUGCGGAACCAUGCAGCAAAAGAUGGCUUGUAUGAGUCAAAAAUCAUAGAAGAACAUGCCCCCAUUCCCGAGGAUCCCUCGCAGCUGGACGAGUUCCAGGCGUACAGUUUGACGUGCAGCGGCCACCGCAGGCUCACAGCCGCAGAGGAGAGGCAUUUGCGAUGCGGCUACAUGACCGAGACGCAUCCCUUCCUCUUGUUGGCGCCCCUCAAAGCGGAAGAAUUGAGCCACGACCCCCUGCUGGUGCUCUACCACGAAGUGAUUUACCAGAGCGAGAUCGACACUAUCAGGAAGUUGACGACCAACAAGAUCCGCCGGGCAACGGUCGUAGGCACCAACCAGUCGGUGGUGUCCAAUGUCCGCACCAGCCAGAUCACCUUCAUCCCAAAAACAGAGCAUCAGGUGCUGCAGACCAUCGACCGUCGCGUGGAAGACAUGACCAACCUGAACAUGGACUAUGCGGAGGAUCACCAGUUCGCCAACUAUGGCAUCGGCGGACACUACGCCCAGCACAUGGACUGGUUUACCCAGAAUGCCUUUGAUUAUGAGCUGGUCUCCGCCCCCGAGAUGGGCAACCGCAUUGCAACAGUCCUCUUCUACCUGUCGGAUGUGGCCCAGGGCGGCGGCACUGCCUUCCCCCACCUGAAGCAACACCUGCGUCCCAAGAAAUAUGCAGCCGCCUUUUGGUAUAACCUGCAUGCAGCAGGCGGAGGGGAUACCCGCACACAGCAUGGUGCCUGUCCCAUCAUUGCUGGAUCUAAAUGGGUGCAAAAUCGCUGGAUUCGGGAGUUCGUGCAGUCCGAUCGACGUCCCUGCCUGCUGUGGGAUGACUCUGUGGCCACCUUUGGCCAGAUUAUGGAGCUGGCCAAACAGCAGAAGGCAGCUGCAAAGAAAGAAUCGAGCUAA